AUGGGCUAUUCCAACUUCACCAAACCAUUUGCUGUCGUGCGAAACGCACUAUGGGGCGUCCCUCCCAGUGAUCCCAAGGAGCGACGCUAUUUGCUCAAACUAGACAUCUUUGUGCUAUCCUACGUGUGUCUCAUGUACUGGGUCAACUAUCUAGACCGAGCCAACGUUUCCAACGCCUACGUCUCGGGGAUGAAGCAGGAUUUGAACAUGGGCGGCGAUGACUUCAAUUUGGUCAACACCAUUUUCUACAUAGGCUACAUCAUCUCCAUGGUUCCGCACAAUAUGAUCUUGUUGAAAGUGAGACCUAGGUAUUGGCUAACCAUCUGUGCUGCCAUCUGGUCGAUCUUGACGCUUGCAACGUACAAAGUCACCCACUUCUACCAACUUUGCGUGAUUCGCUUCUUCCAAGCCAUGUUUGAAAGCUGCAUCUUUGGCGGUGUCCAUUUGAUCUUGGGAUCCUACUAUACAAACAAGAAGGACUUGAUAAUCCGGAGUUUUGUCUUUACAUCGAGCGGCUUGGUGGGCCAAAUCUUUUCCGGGGUGAUCCAAGCAGCAGUGCACAAGACCAUGAACGGAUGGCACGGGCUAGCAAGCUGGCGAGUGCUCUUCAUCAUGGACUUUAUCUGCAGCUUCCCCAUUGUCAUCUACGGGUUCAUCUUUUUCCCCGACGCCCCCGAUGUGGGUAAACCGUUCUACUUCACCGAGGAAGAACACCAAAUGGCCCUCGCGAAAAUGACCAAGCCCAAAUACGACAAGUUCAACACGGACUUGAUCCGGCGAAUCUUUGGCCGCUGGCACUGGUACCUCUUUAGCAUGCUCUGGAUCGUGGGCGCCAUCAACGAAUCCUUCGCCACCAACAGCAUCUUUGCCCUUUGGUUGAACCACUACAAUUACUCCGUCGAGGAUCGCAACCAUUUCCCCAUGGGCGUAUUCGCCGUUGGUGUUUUGGCGACGGCAUUAUCGGCGUACUAUAUCCGCUACGUGGGCAACGGCAAGCUGCAUUGGCACGUGAGCCUCGCUAUCGCUGCCGUCAUGGUCAUUUCGCCCGUGAUCCAACUAUGCAAGCCCUUCGACAAAACGGCCGUGUUUGUCGCGCAGUAUUUGCUGGGGGUCAGCUACGCGGCCCAGACUGUUUCCUUCAGCUGGGCCAACGUGGUAUGCGCUAAUGACUUACAGGAGCGUGCCAUUGUGAUUAGUUCCAUGAACAUGUUGGGCAACUGCAUGAAUGCGUGGUGGUCCAUCACGUUUUUCGGCGCAAAGACAGCACCUCGGUUUCGAAAUGGUGCUAUUGCGUUGAUCAGUUCCGCUGCUGCCACUUUGUUUGUCGUUGGUCUUAUUGCCUGGUUGCAAAUGAGAGAAGACAAGAGGAGAGGUGGAAUUGUUGAUACUUUUGACGCUGUUGAGGCUGCUGAAAGCGGCGAAGAUAGCACUUGUGGUGGUGGUGAUAGUCUUGCCGAAUUUGACGAAAAGAAGUUGGCUUCUUUGCCUCGCGUGGAGUACUAA